AUGCUCGGACGCGCUUCGGGGCCAGCAGUACGGUCUGCCAGACAGCAAUUGCAAUCUAAAGCUCGCUUCAUCAAACCUCGCUUCCAAUCCACCACAUCCAAUGCCUCUUCCGCUGGUACUAGUCCCGCAUUAGUUGGCGGUCUUGCUGGUGGCGCUGCCGCCUUCAUUACGGGUUACACCUGGUACCGGUUCUCUGGAGUCAAGACCGUGGUCGACACCAGCAAGCAGACACAAGCAUACAUCGACCAGGCUAAAAAGACCAUUGCCGAGAAGACACCUGAGCCAAAUGAGGCGUACCGCUGGUUGAGAGAUACCGUGAAAAGCUAUGCUGCCUUCAUCCCUGGCGCACGCGACUAUAUCGACACUGCAUUUGACGACCUCGAUAAGAUCAGAAAUGAUCACGGCUCCGAAUUCGAUGAAAUUGUCAAAAACGCAUAUACUGAGCUGAAAGAUCUCCUCAAGAAAGAAGGAUUGAAUAUCGACUCGGCAUCCAAGACUUUAAGUGUGCUUCAAAAAUAUUUGAAACAGCUGUUCGAUCUUGCUGGCGACGCCGCGGAGAAUGUUCUCGACGGUCACCCUGCACUUAAGGAGAAGAUCGGUGGUUCCUUUGAUCAAUUAAAGGAAAUGGGGGAUGCCUAUGGGCCUCAAGCGAAAGAGGAGAUCAACCGGACCUGGGAACAAAUCUCCAGCAUUGUGAAACGCGGCGCAGAUACUAAGUCAAUUGAUGAGAUCAAAAACCUGAUCCAAGAAAAGAAGUCAAAGCUUGAAAAGCUAGGGGCUGAGACAUGGCAAAAAGGUCUCGAGGAGUCCAAGCAAUAUCUCGAUAAGAGCCCCAAGCUCAAGCAAUUGGUGGAAGACAAUGCCGAUACCUUGAAGAAGGGCAAUACUAAAGAUCUGUGGGAUCUUGUGAAGAAGAGCGCUUCUUCGGGGAAUAUGGAGGAAGUGGAGAAGUACAUCAAAGAGAAGGCCGGUCAAGCGAAGGAAAGCGGCCUAGGUGACUUGGACAAAUGGCUAAAGACGGUGCCUGGUGGUUCCGGCGCCAUGUCUCAGUUGCAGUCACUACAGGCUAUCGCGCAAAACAAGGGCAGCGAGGCUGAAGACGUCUUGAAAGAGACUGUGGAGGAACUUCAGAAUGUGCUGAAGAAGCGAAAGGAACAGAUAGAGAAGAUUGCCAAGGAGGCAAAGGAAGAGAGCAAAUAA